GUAAGCAUUGGCAACGGGUGCCGGUUCAGAACAGUUGAGAGAAAAAACUGAAAUAAAAAUUUAAUUAUCUCAUCGAUUUAAGUGUUUCAAGAUCUUCGUCAUUAAGAAUAUGUGAUGUUGCUUCUAGUUUUCGAAUGUUCCAGGGCGGUGUUGAAGGUUGUUUCAAGCAUUGCUUAAUAAAGAAAUACGAUGAUAAAAGAGCCUUGAGCUUUCUGUUUCUAGCGAUAUGUUUUGGUGCCCUUACCACAAGUUACACUUACUACGUCAUGCUCGGUGAUAACGGGCGUGCGAACCGUUUCUCAAUGAAACCCAUGCCCGCGAACUAUCGACGUAGCAACGACAGCAAACAGUUCACGGUCAGCGAACAGAGAUAUGACAACACAAUAGUGAGCACCCCCUCGCUGGUCAUGUUCACCACCUGGUCUGACGAUAUGGAUGGAAGAGUGAGGAACAACACUUGCUACAACUGGGGAUCCUUGAGACCUCUGGUUCACCUUGUCCUCUUCACAAACAGCUCUUCGGCUGCUGGGCAAUGCAAGAAAAACGGCUGGACGAUUCUUCCUCUCACACAGACAGCUGCUGGAGGGGCACCUGUUCUCAAGUUCAUGUUCUCCGAGAUCAUCUCAAGGUUCAACUCGACGCUGUACGGCUACUCAAACGGAGACAUCCUGUUCGGAGACGACCUUCUCCAGACUUUGUCGGCAGUCCACGUGACAUUCAGGACUCAGACGAGUCCACUUCUUGUCGUAGGCGUCAGAAGAAACGUCAUCAACGUAACAUCACUGGAGGCCUCAUCUUCCAAGAACCUUCGGGAGGCAGCAAAGAAGAGAGGAACGCUAUUCAUCAGCGUAUCUCAAGAUUAUUUCAUUACUAACAAGGCAUUUCCAUGGGACGGGAUCCCCGAGGUGGUGGUAGGACGAGUUGCCUAUGACAACUGGCUGGUGUUGGAUUCUAUUCACAGGGGUCAUACAGUCAUAGACGCUACGGACACCAUUACUGCGGUUCAUCAGACGACCCACAAGGGCAAUUAUCAAGGAAAUUCAAACCCACAGACACGAUACAAUAGCAAACUGCUGUCUCGGCACCAUAAGACUAUUCACUACGAAGCAGGAUCUACAGAGUGUGUUACGAUCAUGACGAAGUAUUCGGUGAACGGUGAAAUAUUUACUUUGAAAAGAAAAAGUGUCCCAAAAUUUUGUAAAACACCUUAUGGUUGAAGUAAAUAUUUUACUUGCAACU